CAGUAAUUUUCAUCUAAAUUUAUGACUUAAGCAAUCUUAAAAAUGUGUAUGAAUAGAAACGAAAAUAUAAAGAAUUGUCUUAUUUACAAAGGUUUGUUUGAAAUGUAAAGAUGAAACAGAUCAUAUUUGGCUUACAUGAUUGUGGAUAUUAGACAUUCAAGCUUCAUUGCUGACUAUGUUAUGUUCAUAAUGGCAGGCAACAUAAUGAAAAUUUAAGUAGAUGUAACAGAGGAACAAACGAUUUCGGUUUAGAUAAAGGCCUCACAUUCAAGCUUCACUGGUGAUAUAUGAUGUGGAAAUAAAACAAUUCGGUUUAUUAUUCAUACCAAACGUAAGUCUACUUCUAGAGAUUGUUAAAAUGUUUAGUAUGAUGAAAUAUGGACAAAUAUGUAUUGAUAUGAAUUGAUUUGGUUAUGGUAUGUUGCAUGUGCAAUUCGUAAACUGAAGAUGAGCAAUUAUGAGGUUUAUAUUGACCUGAUAUUACUUGUACGUAUUGAAGCGAUCAAGCAGAGAAAUAGGCGCCUUGUGCUAGUAUUGUUUGUGUAAGGUCGGUUUACUAUUGGUACGAUUAAAAGUUAUAUUUGUUAGCUUUCAGUAGAUAACCAAAGUAUGAUUUGUUUAAAGUCGGUUUGAAUUAAGUCACUCGAUAAUAUUAGGAAUAUUUUGUAUUGAGUAUGGAUAAUAAAUUGUAAAAGCUAGAAUAGGUCCAAAAGUCAAUGACAACCUUUGUAAGUAGAUAAAAAGUAGGACUCUAUUUUAAUAGAUUAGAUAUCACCGCAUAGUUUGUUUAGGAAUAAAUCUCAUAAGUUUUUUAUUGGAAUACUCAAUAAAUAGUCAAUGUUGCCUUAAUUAAAUAAAGUUUAGAAAAUGUAAGUAAGUUUGACCGAUUCAAAACCUUAAAAGAUCAUUUAUAAAGAUUUUAUUCUAAAUCAGUUACUGUUGAUUUAGUCUUUACAUCAAAUCUGUAAGUAGAGAACGAUUAUAACGCUAAAACAGACAAUUAAGGAGAUAUAUACGUUUAUUUUAUUUCUUUGAAAAAAAUAAUAAUGUUUUCACUCUCCCUACCUCCUCCUCCUUAACUACUGUGUGGUUUUGAACCUUUCACUUUCAUUUUAAGAGAGACCAAAAUAAACUAGCCAACUGUUGUCAUCAUCUUCCUCCUACCUCUCUCUUAUGCAAGAUGGGUGAGUUUCGAGAAGCUUAUGUUUCCUCGUCUCCUCUACGCACACCGUCGCAAUCACCUAACUUCAGUCUUCUACGACAAAACUACUUUCAUGGAGAUUUCUCUUUAAACUCGUCGUCGGAUUAUUCUCUGUCGAGUUCCUUCUCUAACGGGUUCUCUUCUUCCGAUGACAGUUCUUCUUCUCCCUUCGCUUCACCUCCGUUCAACGGGAUCAUCCCUAUCCACAACCACGCCACUUAUCAUCACGAGCCAUUGCUUUAUAAAGAUCAUGAGAAGAGUGUUCAUGGUGAUGAUACGGGUCUAUGCGAAGAUCUCUAUCACAUGAAAAUCACCGAGGAGACAGGGACUCAUCGAGGCUUUUCAUGGUUGAACAACAAUCAAGAUUCCGACCAAAACAUAAACUACGACAAGAGAAACACGUUUGGGAACCAAACUCAAGAUUCCAUAUCCAACACUCGCCAGUUCGAUUGGCCUAGCUACUCAAACAGUAACGUUGGUAAUAACAGUCCUUACAUCAAUGGAGGAGGAAGUAGAGAACACUCGGCUUACUACAGAACAAUGGCAACAUCAGACAUGUCGCCAUUAUUCUGCCAAGGCUCUGAGCCAUUUAGCUUGGAUCAUCAGAGAACCAAAUCAUUCAUCUCUGACCAUGGAAGCACUAGUCUGCCUAACGUGUGUGACGUUCAGGGAUAUGUGUACUUGAUGGCUAAAGACCAACACGGAUGUAGAUUCUUGCAGAGGAUAUUCGAUGAAGGAACACCUGUUGACGCCUUGGUUAUAUUCAAUGAGGUUAUUCCUCAUGUCGUUGAGCUUAUGAUGGAUCCUUUUGGGAAUUACUUGAUGCAGAAGCUUUUAGAUGUUUGUAAUGAAGAACAAAGGACGCAGAUUGUGCUUGUGGCUACUGCUGAGCCUGGUCAACUUAUCAGGAUAUCUCUCAACGCAUACGGUACUCGAGUUGUUCAGAGAUUAGUGGAAACGAUUAAGACAGGAAAACAAGUUUCUCUUGUGAAAUCGGCGCUGAGACCUGGCUUUCUUGAUUUGAUCAAGGAUUUAAAUGGCAACCAUGUGAUUCAACGUUGCUUGCAAUGCCUAAGCACUGAAGAUAACAAGUUUAUCUUUGACGCAGCUACCAAGUUCUGCACUGAAAUCGCAACACAUCGACAUGGAUGUUGUGUACUCCAAAAAUGCAUUGCUUAUUCAAUGAGACAACAACGAGAGAAGCUGAUCGGUGAAAUCUCUAGAAAUAGUCUCCUACUUGCUCAAGACCCCUUUGGGAACUACGCAGUACAGUUCGUUAUAGAGCUGAGGAUACCUUCGGCCGUAGCGAUGAUGUUGAGUCAGUUAAAAGGGCAUUACGUACAACUUUCCAUGCAGAAGUUCAGUAGCCACAUGGUGGAAAGAUGCCUCAUGCAUUGUCCCGAGAGUCGUCCACAGAUAGUGCGUGAGCUUGUCUCAGUUCCUCACUUUGAUCACCUUCUUCAAGACCCUUACGCUAAUUUCGUCAUCCAAGCCGCUCUUGCUGCCACUAAGGGUCCACUUCAUGCUUCACUAGUGGAAGUCAUAAGACCACAUGCGAUUCUGCGUAAUAAUCCUUAUUGCAAAAGGAUUUUCUCGAGGAAUCUAUUGAAGAAGUGAAAGGAUGUGUUGAGACUGUAAUAAGUCUGUAAUUUCAAGACUCUGUUGUUGUUUUUCUUUCUGGUCCCAAGGCUUCGUUUUUAUGAAUAAUCUCUGGUGAAUGUGUCCACACACGAGAGCUCUAUGUUUUGUUUUUGUGUUUUUGUGUUCUUGUUUCUUGUUCUGUAUUUUUUGCUCUGUUGUUUCUUUUGUUUUGUUGUUGUUUUUGUCUCUGUUAAUUUCAUGUUGUAACAAAAUCGGGUUUCUUAAUCCGGUUUAAGCUUUUAAUAAUUUUUAUUAAUACAUAAUAAUUUUUAUUAACUGGUGAAGCCCAUUUAUGGCCUCUUAAGCGUUAC